CUCCCCAGUCCCUUCCCAGUAUCCCCAGUUUGGGGGGGGGGGGGCCUCACGCUAUGGGUCGAGGGCGGCUCUUGGGGGGCUGCGCUUGGCUGCUGGGGGGGCUGGCGCUGCUGCAGACCCUUUACCUGCGAGCGCUGCCCCCCCCCGCACCCCCCCGCCGGCGCCCCCAUAAACCGCUGCCUCCCCCCCCCAGGGGGGUUCUGGAUGCUUCCGGAACCUUCCGGUUGUAUCGGGACGUGUUGGGGGGCCCCCCCCCACAUUGGGCUCCCCCCCCCGACUUGGUCCUGGCCACGCACGGGACCCCCGGGCGGGCGGCGGCGGCGCUGGGGGGGGCGCUGGAAGGGGGCAUUUGGGGGGGGCCCCUCUCGGUCGCGGUCUUUGGGGUCCCCCGGGCGGGGCUGGGGCAGCUCCUGCGGGCAAUGGGGGGGCCGUGCCGGGGGCUUCGGGGGCGCCUGCGGCUCCACGUGGUGCUGGGGGCGGCCGAGCCCCCCCCCAUCGUGACCCCCCCUUUCCCCCGAGCCCCCGGGGGGUGCAGGGGGGCUCUGGGGCGCGUGGCGGCCGCGGACCCCCCCAGUUACACUUUGGGGGUGCCGUACCCCGGGAACCUACUGCGGAACCUGGCCUGGGCUGGGGCGGCCACGGGGGGGGGCUAUGGGGGGGGAAAUGGGGGUCCCGGCCCCCCCGGCCCUAUGGGGAGCCGCUUUGUGCUGCUGCUGGAUGCGGAUGUGGUACCCAGCCGGGGGCUGCGGGAGGGGUUCCUGAGGGCGCUGCGAGGGGAGGGACCCCCAUUGUGGGGAGAUGGGGGGGGCUCCCCGUUAUUGCAGGCAUCUGAUGGCCUCAAAGGGGUCCCCAACGCCCUGGACCCCCCCCAUGGUUUUGGGGUCCCCAGUGAGCAUCAGGGGCUCAACGCCCUCGGGGUCCCCAAUAGGGUGGGGAGCACCAAGGAUGUCCUGGGGGUCCCCAGUGUCUUGGAGGUCCCCAAUGUCCCAAGGGACCCCAACAUCCUAAAGGACCCCAAUGUCCCAAAGGACCCCAAUGUCCUAAGGGACCCCAAAGCCUUGGAGGACCCCAAUGCCCCAGGUCCCAUGCAGCCGCCCUGGACCCAUGUGGUGUUCGUGCUCCCAGCCUUCGAGGUGCGUUUGGGGACCCCGGUGCCGGGGACGAAGGCAGAGCUGCGGCGGCUGUGGGGCACGGGGGAUGCUCGGCCCUUCUAUGGGGCGCUGUGCCCCCGGUGCCAGGCACCCACGGACUAUGGGCGCUGGUGGGCGCUGCCGCCCGCCCCACACCUGCGAGUGGCCUAUGAAGCCCCAUGGCGUGACCCCUGGGAACCCUUUUAUGUGGGGCCGGCCCACAGCGUACCCCCCUUCGAUGAGCGCUUCCUGCAGUACGGCUUCAACCGCAUCAGUCAGGCGUGUGAGCUGCACGUGGCCGGGUUCCGUUUCGCGGUGCUGGACGGGGCCUUCGUGGUUCACGGCGGCUUCAAGGAGGCCGCGGGGUUCCACGGGGGCCGCGGCGCGGAGCAGCACCGGAACCGCCUCCUCUUCCGCCGCUUCCGCACCGACCUGCGCCAGCGCUACCCGGGCUCCGCGCGGCGCUGCUGAGCCCGCAC